CAGAAACUGCGGGCAGCUCGUUUGUCCAAAAUGUUCGAAGUCCCGGUGGCCCCGCGGCAUGCUUCCCUCCACCUACCAUAACAAUGAAAGUACAGUCCGCGUAUGUGAUGCAUGUAAUCACCUUGCGUGGAAUUUCCGUCGUGCCUUGAAAGAAGGAGACCGCAUUCGAGCAUUGGAACUUUUUGCGAGUGGAAAUUUGAAUAUCUGGAUGCCUUUCAUCAUCGAGUCGGUGCGGGAGUAUCCAGUUCACUGUGCAGCUGAGGGCGGCAAUCUUGAUCUUCUUCGAUGGCUUGUUAAUGAACUUGGCUGUCCAUUGUAUGAGACGGCAGAUGGCGCAUCGCCGCUUCUGACGCAUCGAGGGGACAGUGUUUUAGGCGUGGCUUCGCGACAUC